AUGCACGUGGUUGGUGUUGAUGUUGGAGGCACAAACACAGAUGCUGUCUUACUACGAAUUGAUUCUGAUCAAUCACCCAAAGUGGUGGCCACUGCGAAGACAGUGACAAGCGCAGACGUCUUUUCGGGCAUGCUUCAUGUUGUGCGACAAGUUAUCAAUGAUAUGGAGAUCGCCGCUAUCAUGGUCGGUACCACGCACUUUGUCAAUGCACUACUUCAACGACAAGGAUUGGCGAAAGUGUGCACGCUGCGUCUUUGUGGACCAGCAACACAUGCAAUUCCACCUAUGACUAAUUGGCCACAGGAUCUGAAGGAUGCAGUGAAUGGUUUAACAGCAUUUGUCUCUGGUGGCUUUUUCCUUGACGGUUCAAUAAUCACUCCAUUGGAUGAAGACGAAAUUCGUUCGCUAGUUCGUCGUGCUCUUACUCUGGAUAUUUCUUCGUUUUGUGUCUGUGGUGUUUUCUCGCCUUGUCAAAAAGAUCAAGAAGAACGUGUAGCCGAGAUUAUUCAUGAAGAAUCAUCAACUGCAUACAUUACUCUUUCUCAUGAGAUUGCUGGUCUUGGUCUGUCUGAACGUGAGAAUGCAUCGAUUCUCAAUGCUAGUCUUCGUCCAUUGGCUAUUCGCACAAUCAGAGCAUUACAAGGAAAUCUUCCACGAAGAAUUCCUCUCUUUCUCACGAAAAAUGACGGAACUUUAUUAUCAGCGGAAGAUUCAAUGCGUUGGCCUGUCUUCACUUUUGCCAGCGGUCCGACAAAUUCGAUGAUCGGUGCUGCAUAUCUCAGUGGUAUUGACAAUGGAAUUGUCAUUGAUGUUGGUGGAACAUCAAUGGACAUUGGUUUCAUUGUCAAUGGAAGACCAAGACAAACACAAGCAAAUGUGCGACUGAUUGAUGACAUUCGAGUCAAUGUCAGUGUGCCCGAUAUUGUUUCUCUACCAUUGGGUGGUGGUACAAUAAUCCAUGUCAAUGAAAAUGACGGAUCGAUCAGGGUAGGACCUGAUAGUGUUGGUUAUCGACUCGAUCAAGCAGCAUUGGCUUUUGGUGGUCAAACGAUUACUGCUACCGAUAUUGCUCUGGCUGCUGGAUUAACUUCAGGAAUUGGUCAUUCGACUGUGAAACUCUCUUCGUCAAUCGUCGAACAAGUGCUCGAUUAUAUUAAACAGUCGACAACAAGAAACAUCGAUCGUGUGAAAACAAAUGAAGAAUCAGUUCCUGUCAUCUUAUGUGGUGGUGGAUCAAUUCUCAUGGACAUCAAUCAAGCCUUUGCUGGUGUUACAGAGAUAAUUCGACCAGCUCACUAUGCCGUUUGUAAUGCUGUAGGCGCUGCUCUCUGUUCAAUAAGUGCAACAAUCGACUCGAUUGUUAAUCUUCUUCCAUCAUCGAUCGAUGGUGGAGACCAGCGCAAAAGUGAGCUCGAUCGAUUGAUUUUCGAAGCUCGUCAGCAGUGUGAGCAGAAAGGCGCUUAUCCUGAUACCAUUCAUCUAGUGGAAUUAGAACAAGUACCGUUGGCUUAUCAUACAAGUGGUCACAAACAUCGAGUACAAUUGACAGUUGUCGGACAACUGGACGUGACUAAAGUCAAACGAAAUGAACAAGAGAAAAGUGUUGAAAAGCCAUUUUUAGAGGUGGAAAAAGAGACACCCAAAGACAUCAAACCACCCAUUCAUGUUGAUCUGACAAAGAAACGACCUGUAUUCGAUGACAAUGGAGUUUGGUGUAUCGAUCCAAUCGACAUUGAAUAUAUAGCCUAUGGCACCGGAAUCCUCGGUUGUGGUGGUGGGGGCGAAUCGUAUCAUUGCAAGCUGUGGUGCCUUGAAGCUCUUCGCGAAAAGAAAUACGAAAUGCGUGUGGUGCCUCCCUCGUUCUUUCAUUCCUCGUUAGAUCUAGUAGCCGCUGUUGGCUUCAUGGGUGCACCCACCGUUUCUCAUGAGUUAUUACCGAAUGGUUAUGAAUGUUUACUAGCUGUCAAUGCUGUCGAAAAAUAUCUAUUGAAAAACAUCAGUGCUAUUUACACUGGGGAAAUCGGUGGUUCCAAUGGUCUAAUGGGUCUUCUUGUAGCAGCAAGCAAGCAAGUACCGUGUAUCGAUGCUGAUGGAGUCGGCAGAGCAUUCCCUCGACUUGAUCAAACUUUGGCCCUUAUUCAAGGUUGUUGUCCAACACCUGCAUGCUUAUGUGACGUGCGAGGAGAAACAGUGAUGUGCACAGAUACCACGAUUUCUACUGCACAACAGCUCGAAGACACUUUUAGGGAGGAAUGUACCAAAAGAGGUCUCUUUGUUGGUGUUUGUUUGCCUCCAAUAACCGGUGAAGAAUUGCAAAAAUAUGUGUUUCCUUAUAGUCUUUCUCGUGCUUGGUUUCUAGGUGAGGCCAAAUUCAAUCAUCGCUCUGAUGCUAUUCAAGCGGUAGCUCGUGCUGGUCAUGGUCGUGUACUUGUAUCCGAUGGAAAAGUGAUCAGUGUCGAACGACAUACUGCUGCUGGAUUUGCUCGAGGUCAUCUAACUAUUGAAACAGUUGGAAGAAAUCUUGUGAUCGAUUUUCAAAAUGAAAAUCUUAUAGCACGCUUUGACGAUGGAGAAAUUCUAGCUACUGUACCCGAUUUGAUCACACUCGUCGAACAAGACUCUGCUGAACCGGUAUCGACCGAAACGAUCAAGUACGGUUAUCGUGUCUCGGUACUCGUUCUUCCAGCACCCGAAGCAAUGACUACACCGCGCGCCCUUGAAACUGUGGGUAUUAAAGCAUUCGGUUAUGAUCUUCCUAACUACGAAUACAUUCCAUCGCAUGCACCAAUCAAUUCUGUUUGGGAUGUUUUCUAUAAAAAGGACAUUGAUGUUUAA